AUGUUGCUGUCUGAGCGCGCUUUGAUAGAUACGGCCGAUUGCUUUGAGCUUGAAGCCCAGGCCACCUUCUUCGCGAAAUCCUCCGACGACGGUAACCCGCAGCCGCUGUACGACCUCAAACCGCGCUUGAGGAGCGCCCACAUGCGAUGCGGCAGUUUGGUGCUCUCCGCCAUGCGUCAGCGCCUUGGGACGCGCAUUGUCACACGGAGGAGGUGUAACCUUCGAAACGCCCUCAGGGCUGCGCUAUGGCUCACAGGCGCGUUUAUUCUCGUCUCUGUCCUAGAAGCACUUCUAUAUCCGUCUUACCAGACUCCACCUAAGCACUAUCAUACAUUGAAGCAGACGAUACGAAGCAGGUCGUCGCAAGCAGGCAGAGGCAAUCCAGACCAAGAGAAGAUAUUCAUUGCAGCCAAUAUCAUCAACGAGGACUUGAUCAAAGGCGCCUGGGGUGAUGCGGUGCUAGAGUUGGUGGACUUGCUUGGAGAAGAGAAUGUUUUUGUCAGCGUCUAUGAAAAUGACAGUGGGGAUGGAACGAGGAACGCACUUCGCGGGUUUCAGGCAAAGUUAUCAUGCAAUUCGUCCGUCGUCACAGGCGACCACAUAUCUCUAUCAGAGCUGCCCGAGGUCACUAUGCCCUCUGGCGAGCAGCGGAUCAAACGCAUAGCAUAUCUGGCGGAAGUACGGAAUCGCGCCCUCCGGCCUUUGGAUCACACCUACAAACCCCUUAAGGGCCAAAUCGGGUUUCAACAUGCGAACAUGGAGUUCGACCGCAUCCUAUUCCUAAACGAUAUUUUCUUCUCCGCGGCCGACGCGGUCCAACUACUGUUCUCAACGAACAACGGUAAAUAUCGAGCGGCGUGCGCCAUCGACUUUGUCUCCAGCGUCAUGUUUUACGACUCAUUCGUCGUUCGAGACACCAACGGUUAUGGGAUGGGGCUCAUGUUCUUCCCAUGGUUCGCGCCCACGGGGAGUGCCCAGAGUCGAGACGCCGUUCUGGCCGAGAAGGACGCAGUGCCAGCCCGGAGCUGUUGGGGUGGCAUGGUAGCGUUUGACGCUGAACAAUUCCAGGAGAUGUCAACGCCAUAUACUCCCAGAGUCACGACACGCUUUCGCUACGAAGUAGAACCGUUCUGGGAAGCUGCCGAAUGCUGUCUGAUCUUUGCGGAUAUGGAAGACGCAUAUGGCGAGCCGAGCAUCGACCAAGGCACAGGGGUGUUUGUCAAUCCAUAUAUUAGAGUAUCAUACACCAGACGCACGUGGGACUGGCUACCCUUUUUCCAGAGGUACGAGCGCAUUUUCCGCAACCUGCAGUACAUCGUCAGCAAGAUCAACUACCCGGAAUAUAACCCCCGUCGCUUGGACAAGCCGGGCCAGUUGGUGGAACACAACGUAUGGAUGAGCAAUCAAGAUACAAACGGGGAUUCGUUCCAAAUGCUCCAACGACCGGCUGCCCCGGGAGGAUUCUGUGGGCAAAAGCGGAUGUUUCUGAUGAAACGGGAUUUCGAAUCGGCGAAUCGGCACGGCAGAAAGAAUUGGGAAAAGGUCCCGGUGCCUUGGUGA